CCAACUGUAUCCAAGGAGUUGAAAUAAAAAGAAAAGUCAGAUGAGUCUCUUUAAAUGCUUCUAGUUGUUAGUUCGGUUCCUCUAAACUGCACUUAAUAAUCGGACAAAGACACCGUUUCACAAUUCACAUUUUUAUUAUUGCUCCGAAGCAAAGCAGAUCCAAACACACACAUAUAUAUACUUGCAUCAAUCUUCCUCUUGUAUAAACCACCACAUUAUACACAUACACAUUCUCAUCAACACAUACUUAUAUAUAUACAAAUUUGUAAUGAGUUGUGGUGAAGGGUUUGUUUGGAAACGAAGAGGGAUGUCAAGUGAAGAUCAGAUGGACGAAACUAGUUCGAUAACAAGCAAAAUCAUGAUCAUGAGCAACAAGAGUACCAAGAAGAAGAAGAAUCAGAAGAAGAAAAUGAAUAAGAUGAGGGAGACUAAUGCUGCAAAAAGCGGUGGUUGUAGUAGUUGUGAUCUAGUCUCAUUUGAUGAAUUGCCGGAGUACAUGAAAGAUAAUGAGUUCAUCCGUGAUUAUUAUAGAGCUGAUUGGUCUCUUAAACAAGCUCUGUUCAGCAUUUUCCGGUGGCAUAAUGAGACUCUUAACGUCUGGACGCAUCUAAUCGGCUUUGUACUAUUCGUGGGACUGACAUGCUCAAAUCUGAUGCAUGUUCUGCCUGUGGAUCAACUUCUCAACAUAUUUACCACCUGGUCUUUUCCACUAGGUCCAGAGGUAAAUGUUUCUCAUAAUUCCAAGAAUUUCUUCUCUGAUACAACAGAAUUCAUUGAUUUGAAGCAUUCAUCAUCAUUGGGUAUGCAAAUGACUCCCACAAAACUAGAAGCCACACGGUGGCCAUUUUUCGUGUUCCUUGGAGGCUCCAUGUUCUGCCUCCUCUCGAGCAGCAUUUGCCACCUCUUUUCCUGCCACUCCCAUCCCCUAAACGUCCUAUUACUCCGAAUAGACUAUGUUGGAAUCACAGUAAUGAUCAUCACCUCUUUUUUUCCUCCAAUCUACUACAUCUUCCAGUGCACCCCACAUUGGCAAUUCCUCUACCUUGGUGGCAUCACAGUCAUGGGCAUUUUCACUAUCAUAACAUUGCUCUCACCAGUCUUUUCCACAAGUAAAUUCCGAGCAUUCAGAGCCUCACUCUUCGUGGGAAUGGGGCUGUUUGGCCUAAUACCUGCAGUUCACGCAAUGCUAGUGAACUGGCAUGAGCCUAGCAGGAACAUCAUACUCGGUUACGAAUUGGCCAUGGCGCUUUCCUACCUAAUUGGCACGGUCUUCUACGUUAGCCGAAUUCCAGAGAGGUGGAGGCCAGGGUGGUUUGAUCUAGCAGGACACAGCCACCAGAUAUUUCAUGUGUUUGUGAUCAUGGGCGCAUUGUCACACUAUGGAGCUGCACUUGUAUUCCUGGAUUUUCGCAGCAAGAUUGGCUGUGAAGUUAACAUGUAACUCUUUAUUGUUGCAUUGCUCACAAUAUGGUGGCGCCUUAACUUAUAAAAGGUGUGACCUGUAGGUGUAGUACAAAUUGAUAUUCUUUAUGUUGUAUUUAAGUUACAGAGGAAUUGUUAUGUUCAUUACAAGAAUCAAGGGACCAGAUAUUAUAUACAGUGUGUUUUGGUUGCAUUUC